GAUGGGGGGCGGUGAGGCAGGCACAGCCCCCCGCCCCCAUGGCCGCCCGUCGGAGCCAGAGGCGGAGGGGGCGCCGGGGGGAGCAGGGCACCGCCCUGCUGGCCCCGCUCGUGCUGGGCCUGGGCCUGGCGCUGGCCUGUCUUGGCCUCUUGCUGGCCGUGGUCAGCCUGGGGAACCGGGCAUCGCUGUCUGCCCAGCAGGAGACUUCCCAGGGGGAGCUGGCUGCAGAGGAGGACCAGGACCUGCUGGGUCGGAAUCUGCAGCCAGAGGAGAGCCAGGAUCCCAUGCCUUUUCUGAAACCACUGGCUCGGCCCCGCAGGAGUGCAUCUAAAGGCCGGAAACCACGGGCUCGCAGAGUGAUUGCAGCCCACUAUGAAGUUCAUCCCCGGCCAGGACAGGAUGGAGCGCAGGCGGGUGUGGACGGGACGGUGAGUGGCUGGGAGGAGACCAAAAUCAACAGUUCCAAUCCACUGCGCUAUGACCGCCAGAGCGGGGAAUUUGUAGUCACCCGGCCUGGGCUCUACUACCUGUACUGUCAGGUGCACUUUGAUGAGGGGAAGGCUGUCUACCUGAAGCUGGACUUGCUGGUGGAUGACACGCUGGCCCUGCGCUGCCUGGAAGAGUUCUCAGCCACAGCGGCCAGCUCUCUGGGACCCCAGCUCAGGCUCUGCCAGGUGUCCGGGCUGUUGCCCCUGCGGCCAGGGUCCUCCCUGAAGAUCCGCACCCUCCCCUGGGCCCAUCUCAAGGCUGCCCCCUUUCUCACCUACUUCGGACUCUUUCAAGUUCACUGAGGGGCCCUGGUCUCUUGCUGGCUACCCAGGCUGACAACUCCCCACAACAGCUCUCCAGCACCCUAGUCCCCUCUGCUCAACCCUGAGUUGCUGCUCCUCCCCAGACCUGCCUCUCCAUCUGUAGGCUGCCAGGGCUUCUUCAUGCCACAUACAUAUCCCCAUUCUUCUCUGAUAACUCCCCCACUUCUGACUCACUAGCUCCCAAACCCCUGAUCUUUUGACACCCCCAUUUAUCGCCCAACUCCCCACUCUGGCCACAGCCCGCCCCCCGGACACUGUGUUUACUGUAUUGUGGGUGGGGAUGGGUCCUGAAUACUCCUCUUCAGGCACUAAGAGGGACUGGAUGCCAGAAACUGGGACUAGGCCAGGAGUUCCCGAAUGUGAGGGGUAAGCAACUAAGACAAGCUCCUCCCCUGAUAAUUCCCUGUGGAUUUUAAAAAGAUAUUAUUUUUAUUAUUUUUGUGACAAAAUGUUGAUAAGUGGAUAUUAAAGAGAAUAAGUCAUUGUCUCUCUGUUUAUUGGGGCUUAGGGGACAUUCUCAGCAUAGCUGAGGGUCACAAGAAGGGAGUCUGGGAAUUGAGAAGUGGGGUACAGGAUAUCUGGAAUUCCAGGGUGACCUACAGGCUUGGGAAUGGGAACCUACAUGCCUCCUGUUGCCCCCUUCAACCUUAAGGUGCACGCAGAGUGGAAAGGCAAAUUGCCAGGAAAAAAAAAAAAAAUCAAUCCUCUGCCCAAGGUCCAGUAGAAGCAGCUCAUUUACCUAGGAGGCAGGCUUCCUCCUGUGGGGA